UUCGAACCGCUUCGGUAACUCCGCCAUCUACAAUGGCCGAUGUUCGAAGCCUUCGAUAUUUCGGUUGUAAUUAUUUUAAUUUAUUGCCAAAAAUGUAAUAUUCGUCGUUUGAAUUAAUUAUAUUUUUACAAACGGAAUGAUAUCUAUUUUAGUCGCGUUAAAUUAUUUUCAUCCACAGAACGUGCUUUUAUCGAGUAAGAACUCGGUGAUAUAAAAACGAAGAUGUCUUCUAAGAGCGAAUUAAAAAAGUUGUCCGAAGAAAGCUUAACAAGGCAACCCGAGGAAGUAUUUGACAUUAUAUGCAAACUAGGAGAAGGGUCUUAUGGAUCCGUUUACAAGGCACUGCAUAAAGAGAGUGGACAAGUGCUGGCUAUUAAACAAGUACCCGUGGAUACGGAUUUACAGGAAAUCAUCAAGGAAAUUUCAAUUAUGCAACAAUGUGACUCCCCAUACGUUGUUAAAUAUUAUGGAAGUUAUUUUAAAAAUACAGACUUAUGGAUCGUGAUGGAAUAUUGUGGCGCUGGAUCUGUUAGCGAUAUUAUGAGAUUAAGGAAAAAGACGCUGCAAGAAGAUGAAAUCGCUACAAUUCUCAGUGAUACCUUGAAGGGAUUAGAAUACUUGCAUUUAAGAAGAAAAAUACACAGGGAUAUUAAAGCUGGAAAUAUUUUACUAAAUAACGAAGGACACGCUAAAUUAGCCGAUUUUGGUGUAGCGGGUCAAUUGACUGAUACAAUGGCUAAACGUAAUACAGUAAUUGGAACGCCAUUUUGGAUGGCACCCGAAGUAAUACAAGAGAUAGGAUAUGACUGUGUUGCGGAUAUAUGGUCACUCGGUAUAACGGCUUUGGAAAUGGCCGAAGGAAAACCUCCCUAUGGUGAUAUCCAUCCGAUGAGAGCUAUAUUUAUGAUUCCAACUAAACCUCCACCUAGCUUUAGAGAACCAGAUCAAUGGAGUCCAGAAUUUAUUGACUUUGUCAGUGGGUGCCUUGUUAAAAAUCCAGAAGAGAGAGCUACGGCGACUGAAUUACUCAAUCAUGAAUUUAUUGGCAAUGCGAAACAACCAAGUAUUCUUAGUCAAAUGAUCGCUGAAGCACAUGAAAUACGAGAGAAGCAAAGUGCACAUCGUGCACAUGUUAUCAACAACGUCGCGAUCAAAAAUCAAAAUCAAGCGGAUGAUUCGGAUGAAGAAGACUGUAGUGGUACUAUGAAACCUUUGCCAGAAGACACAGGAACGCUCGUUCCCAGUCAUGAUUUACCAGACACUGGAACGCUUGUAUCUGCAGUAUUAGAUCUUGGUACAAUGGUCAUUAACAGUGAUACCGAUACUGAAGCCACUAUGAAAAGGCAUAAUACUGGAUCAGUUGAAUCUGGGAAGAAAUAUCGACCUUUGUUCCUAGAUCAUUUUGAUAAAAAGGAAGCACCUGAGAUAGGAAAAGGUAAUGGCCAAAUAUCAGGAGCGCAUAAUGUAGAGAUCGCUAAUAAAAUUGAAGUUCAAGGUGCUACAGAAUCUCAAAGGUUUCAAAGCCAUUUACAAUUACAACUCAAUCAAAUAUCGCAUCCAGUGCAAGAACAACCGCCUAAUAAUGUAGGCAAAUUUCAAAACGUAUUUACGGAACGUGAUUUUGACUUUUUAAAGUUUCUGUCUUAUGAAGAACUGCAACAACGAAUGGCUAAUCUGGACGCUGAAAUGGAACGCGAAAUUGAUGAAUUAAGAAGAAGAUAUCAAACGAAAAGGCAACCUAUUUUAGAUGCCAUGGAUACUAAACGAAAGAGACAACAGAACUUCUAACAGUUUGACUUCUUUUUUUAAACAAACGAGUGUGAUGAUAGAUAAAGAGUGUACAGUUGUAUAAACAAAUAGAUUUUAUCCACUUUAUCCCUAGUUUCGUCAAAGAAAAGGACAUUUGUUUUAUGUACAUUUAUCUAGCAAGAGAUAUAAUCAUUUUAAAAUAACUUCCCUCUUCAAAUAAAUGUCGCUUGUCUUUGGGAAACUAGGGUAUAUAGAUAAUACUAGCCAAUAGCCUCACGUCACCAAUGUAAAUUAUUUUACAUGAUUUAGGUGAAGAAACAAUAACUCUACUUAACUCUUCCUUCAUUUUUUUCGUGUUUUUCUUUUCUAUUAAAUUUACACAUAUUUACUGUUAAAUAUACUAUUCUUACAGAAAGUAUAUGUCCCUUUUUAGGGUUGAUUAGGAAAUGCAAGAAGGUGUGCAAUGCAUGUGCAACGGUAAAGCAUAAAAUUUACAAUUGUUGGCUUGUUUGGAAAUGAAAUUUGACGACAAUCUUGCGUCUACUAGUCACGUUCAAUGCCAUUUAUUUUAACAAGAAUAUUUGUAAUAAGAUCAUUAUUAGAGCUUGGAUAUUGGCUUUCUAAAGCUAUCCCCCUACUUGUUGCUUAUGCUAAUAAACCUCAUUGUUUUGCGAGGUACAGUGAAAAAUUUAAGGUCAUAUCUAAUACGAUAAUAUGGCCAGUGACCUGAAGUUUUAGAAAGAGAUACCACUACAAGCCCUGAACAUCAUUUACAUGAUACAUACAUACAUAUAUAUAAAUUUCGUUUUAGGCAUUUAAGUAUUUUCAUUUUAUCAAACGCGAAUUUUACUUUAUUGCUAAUUCUACUGCCAUACAUAGUAUAUAAUUUCAAUUACGCGUGAUGUCAAUAUUAGCUUACAUCAAUUUAAUCUCACCUUGAGAGACUUUCUUUCUUAAGCACGAAACACCAUGUAUUUUAAACAUAUAAGUUUUUGCAUUCUCAUACAUGGUAAGAUUUUACGUAGUUUUACGUAAUAUCAUGGUGGGUGAGACGAUACAUUGCAAAAAAAUAUUUCGUGAAAGAACUUACUAGGAUUAGUCUUCCCUAUUAGAGAAUAGUCUUAUAUUUCUCUACUUCGCAAUAGUAGGGUAUUGAAAUUAUCGAAAUUGCGAAGUUGUACGACUACUAGUAACGAUUAUGAUAUCAUGACAUUAAUAAUCAUCGAUUAAUUCAACAAAACAAUAUUUAUAUACAAUUCCCAAAUGUGGCAAGUUGUCAUAAUGGUGAUUCGUACUUGACUCAUUGCCUAAAAUUGUAGAGAAUGACUACAUACAGAGUAAUUCUUUGCUGACGUUGGGCUAUUUCGUACAUAUAUAAUAAAGGUAGAUCGAUGACACUUAGAUCCUGUAGCCAGAACUGAACUUACUUUUUAUCCGUUUGAGGAUUGAUACAGAAUAAUAACAUAUUUUUGAUAUAGAAAAUAUGCACGAUGUCAGUAAUACAAGAUCUGAAUUUAAAUUACUCUAAACUAGAUCAAUUGGAUUUUUUUCAAUUCUUUUUUUUUUGGAGCCACUAAGAAAAUUCAUAAAAAUUAUUAUAGAGAUAGAAAUUCUUCAACAAAGUGACAACUCAUGUAAUAAGUGUUCGGUUUAUCUUUUCCCUUUUUUUAAUAGAAAUGAAACCUAUUGUAUAAUGAUUUUUGCUUCAUUAUUUGCUUCUUUUAUAUAACGUUGAGAAUAAUAUACACAAAUUGUUACUUUCAUCGAUAUUUGUGGCUUCAUUGAAAUCUCCUAUUCUCUGUAUUAUUCAAUGUGAAACCCAUUUUUAGAUAUUCAUUUCAUUUUUCUUUUUACUGCAAUUUUAAAAAAUUAUGUAUUAUCAAAUAUUUUUCAUUACAUAUACAAAACUGAUUUUAUAUUAUGUGAUUCGUAUUUACAAUGAACAAAAGAAUAUCACAUCAGUAUUAUUGCAGAUACAGUGAUGCAUCGGAACGCCAUUUUGUUAAAAUUUAAUAUUUAUCUCCAGGUUAUUAGUAUAAUAACAUAAUUCCUUUAUGUAAAGAUUAGCCAAGAUAUGUAUAGUAUCUGCCAAAACCGUCUUUACUUUUUCAUCAAUAAAUAUGCAUUUGCCACUGAGCUUUAAAGAUAA